AUGCAGAUCACCAAGCUCGCCCUCGCCGCCACGGCCGCGGCCAUCGCAUCGGCCCGGGCCACCCACUGCGGGAACGCUACCGUCCCGCAAACCUUCGGCGUCCUCUCCAUCCGCUCCGGCACCGACCUACAAUACGCCGGCUGGGCCGCCGCCCACACGGGCAUCUUUGACCUGCUCCCCGACCAGUGUGCCUCGUGCAAAGAUGGGUCCAACAAUUACAACACGGCGACCUUCCAGCUCGUCGACGGCGUCCUGAACCUCUACUCGACGGACCAAUCGCGCCAGCAGCUAUUUGUCGACCGGUCCGGCAUGGGUCAAGGCAAGAUCGGCUACACCACCGGCGACGAUUCCGGGCCGCGCAACGGCGAGCGCAAGGGCUGGGCCGUCACGGACGGCGAGCUGACCUUCGUCGGAAGCGGCUUCCUGGCCUGUCCCGGGUAUGAGGGCGGCGCGUGGGAGAUCUGGCUGGCUGGCGUCUCUGACCACCCCGGCUUCAACUACAAUUGCACGGGAAUCGGGGCUCACGUUGUCGAGACCAGUAAGCCUGUCAGCUGCCUUUACACCCAUUCUAUGACUUGGGCCAAUGCUGAUUCUACCUACGCAACUGCUCAGUCUGCUUCUAUUGCUCGUGCUCGUCUCCAAUCAAGGUCCUCGAAGUCUGGCAUGGUUCCACUUGCAGAUAUUGUCGACCAGUGCAUGGGUGGAGGCACAGAACACACACAGCACGGCUUGGCCCGCCAACCGACAUUACACAACAUUACCCGUGUAGCUGAAUCAACCCCUAGCCCGUCCUGGGCCGCCGACUUCACCGGUGGAGUGGUAGGCGACCUUCAGGGCUCCUCCCCGUCUCGUCCUCUUAUCGCGCUCCACGGCGGCCGCCCAGGCGCUGGUCACGAUGUUCUACGAUCAGAUCGGCUGUGGGCGGUCGACGUAUCCCCGCGAAAACAAUUGGGGAACGACUCGUUCUGGACCUUCGAUCUGCUGUUCGUUGCCGAGCUCAAUAACGUGGUCGACCAACUGGAACUAUGCGAGCGUGACUUCUUCGUCUUGGGCCAGUGCUGGGUUGGGACGCUUGCUGGCAUGGCAUGUAUGUCGCCCAGCGUCCGGAAGGACUGA